AUCUGUCGGAAGGGAACGCAAGCUAGCAUAAAAGCGCGAAUUCGUCUUGUUGCGUGAAGUACAAGUAUGAGCAAAAGUCGGAAUAGUGUGUAUCGAUGCUAGAAUACUUUUGUGUGCCAGAAUUAGCGCAUCCUGACAACACAGUGAGUGAUCUGCCAUGAGUAAAAGUAAGGACGCCUCCGCCGAAAAGUCCGUCUUGGACUACCUCAAGGCACAGAAUAGGCCGUACAGUGCAACAGACAUAUUCAACAAUCUUCACAAGGAGCACGGGAAGACUGCGGUCGUACGUGCUCUUGAACAACUUGCGCAGGAUAAUAAGAUAAAGGAGAAAACCUAUGGAAAGCAGAAGAUUUAUUUCGCUGACCAGAGCGAGUUUCCAGAGGCCUCAGAAUCCGAACUAGCAGCUAUGGACCAAGAGAUUGUCACUUUGGGAGAGAAGUUACAAGCGCUCAAUCGAAAGCUUCAGAGUCAGCAGAGCGCGUUAAGUAACGUCACCAACAGCCUUACCACAGAGGAAGCAGUCGAAAAAAUCCGGACGACCAGAGAUGAAUGUGAAAAGCUGCAAGUGAAAUUGGACGCCUUAACGUCAAACACAAAGUUUGUUGAACCUGAGGUCAGGGAAAAGAUUUACAGUGAAAAUGCGAAGUAUGUAAAGGAAUGGCGCAAACGUAAACGUAUUGCGAAUGACAUGAUUGAUGCUAUCUUGGAAGGUUAUCCAAAGGGCAAGGCAGCUCUCCUUGAAGAAACUGGUGUUGAGACUGAUGAGGAUGUUAAUGUGACACUUCCAAAAUAGUGUACUUUUCAUGUUCCUGAAAUUGUAUUAUAACACUAAUAUAUCACAAUGUUGCAAAGA